UCCGCUGUGUUGGAAGCUUCUUGCGGGAAUCUGGUCCAAAGAGCGGUUCGCCGGUUCGCGUUAUUGCCGAAGACGUCGAGGAAUUGUUUUCCCAGAUUUAUUCACGGCGGUGGUGAAUGAUUCAGGAUUUUCGCAGUGCGAGUGACUAAAGGAUGAUGGCUCGAGGAGUGUUUGUUAAUGACAAUGUUAUAAACAAUGUGUUGAAAGUGCUAUGGGUGUGCGUGUUUUGCUACCAUGGGAUCUGCGCCAAAUACGUCGAAGAACCCGCUAGUGCCACAUAUAUGGUGGAAGCAGUCCAAGGUGGAGUGGCAAAAUUACCAUGCGACAUAGUCCCUGCCCUUGCCGGUGACAAAAUGCAUAUAGUCAUAUGGUUUAAAGACGGCGAGAAUCGUAAAACUCCCAUAUACUCGUUCGACUCAAGGGAUAAACUUCCAGAGCAAGGAAAGCACUGGCAUGACGAAAGUGUCUUGGGAGGUCGGGCUUACUUCCGCUAUCAGGACAAUCCAGCUAAACUUACACUGGACAGUGUCCGAGACAGCGACGGGGGAAUCUAUCACUGCCGAGUCGACUUUAAACAAACUCCUACAAGGAACAUUAAAGUCAACUUGACCAUCAUCAUUCCACCUGAACAACUGAGUGUUCUUGAUGAAACAGGCGUUCAUAUCAGCAACUACGUUCUAGGACCAUACAAUGAAGGUUCUGCAAUCAAUAUUACAUGCGUUGCCACUGGAGGUCGUCCUCCGCCCAAAGUAACGUGGUGGCAAGAGAAUGCUCUCCUCGACGACUCUUUCGAGUACUUAUCGGAGCGUCGAGUCAGAAAUAUCCUCCACCUGGAAAAGCUUGAAAGGAAGCAUCUUCACACCGUAUUUACUUGCCAAGCAACCAACAACAAUCUAGUGGCUCCCAUUUCUAGUUCAGUUACCCUCGAUAUAAAUCUCCGACCUCUGAGGGUGAAAUUGCUUGGGGAAAAUAAGCCAUUAUCCGCUGAUAACACUUACGAACUUAGUUGUGAAGUUGUGGGCUCUCGUCCUCAGCCUACCAUAACCUGGUGGAAAGGAAGUGUGCAAAUGAAAAACACGAGAGAGACCACCAGUCCUGAUCUCAACACCACAACCAGCGUCUUAACAUUUACCCCAACUGUCGAAGACGGAGGCAAAUAUCUAUCUUGCAGAGGUCAGCAACCGCAUAUCUCUGACAGCGGGCUUGAAGACGGAUGGAAGCUCGAUAUUUACCACGUUCCGCUCGUUUCUCUGGAAUUGGGCAGCACACUAAACGGCAGUACCAUCAAAGAAGGAGUGGAUGUCUACUUUGAAUGCAACAUCAAGUCCAACCCGUGGGUAUACAAAGUCAGUUGGAGGCAUAAUGGCAAACAGUUGUACAAUAAUGCACAAGCAAACACAAUUGUCAGCAAUCAGAGUUUGGUACUUCAAUCGAUUACGAAAGCUCGAUCUGGCCAUUACACCUGCGUCGGACACAAUCAGGAAGGGGAUGGUGAAAGCAAUCCGGUCCAGCUUGAUGUGAAAUUUAUUCCGACUUGUCGACCCGGCCAACCGAAAGUCUUCGGAGUUGCAAGACAUGAGACGGCUCGAAUUCUGUGCGAACUGGAGGCCAAUCCGACAGAUGUGCAGUUUAUUUGGAAAUUUAAUAACUCUGCGGAUACCGUCGAUAUUCCACAAAAUCAAAUUCAUAGCGAAAGAACAAGAAGCACAGCGGCCUACAAGCCCAUGACAGAACUGGAUUAUGGAACUUUGCUGUGCUGGGGAAGGAACGAAAUUGGAAUGCAGAAGGAACCGUGUAUAUUCUACAUAAAUCCGGCAGGAAAGCCUGAUGCCCUUUCGAACUGUACAAUCCUUAAUCAAACAGCGGAGUCAUUGCACGUGGAAUGUACGGAAGGCUUCGACGGUGGUUUGCAGCAAGAAUUCAUUAUGGAAGUGUACGACACGCAGACACGCAAAUUGGUGAGCAACGUCACGUCAAAAAAUCCCAUUUUCACUGUUGGUGGAUUGGAAUCCGGGCUAGGAUUCGACAUCGGGCUUUAUGCCUCUAACAAGAAGGGAAGAAGCGAUGUCUCCCAUCUCCAUGCUUUUACCCUCAAAUCAGCGGAGAAACACACAGUUGCUAAAAGUAACAAACCAUUUCCACCGGAAAACUGUACACUGGUUCACCAAAGUCAGUUCUAUCUCAGGAUAAAAUGUCAAGUUCCAGAGAAAAAACGUGACAUGCACGACACCUACGUCCUCCAGAUCUUUCAUGCGGAAAGCCGCAUUUUAAUCGGAACUGCCACGUCACAAACUCCUGACGAUAUCGUUUUUAGAAACUUGCCACAAAGAUACGAUGAUUUAUUACUUUUUGUUAGAACGAAGGAUAAGAAGUCUUUAAUGAGCGAUGCAAAUAUUAUUUACGCCCCUAAGAGCACUAUGCGAAGUAAUGCAUCAACCCCAGCUUUGCUCCAAAUAACACCGCUCCUCGGAGCUUUAAUAGGAGUAGUGGCAGCUUUGAUCCUUGUCGCCGUUGUAAUAGUGGUGGUUAUACGUCUGCGAGGUGGUGGCGAACGGGACGACAAAGACUAUGACGACGGCGGUUUGUCAUCAUCGGGACGCCGCUGCGUUGCCGGAAACGGAGAUAAAGCCAGCACGGAACCGUUAAACAAAGAUCUUAACGAUAGCGUUGACAGUUUGGAAGAGAAAAAUCCAGAUAUCAUCCCGCAGAACAACGGAGAAGAUGACUAUCAAGAUGAAGAACGGGCCUUCGAAAGACUGAAUAACGCGCCGUUGAGGGUCUACAGUAGGAUGCACAGUCCAAACAAUCAGGCGAAGAAUGGUUGUUACGAUCUGUAUGGGACCAAGACGAACGAUGAAAUAACAUAUGCUGAAUUGUCUCUCACAAAUCAACAGAUGCCGCAUGUCAUCUAUAAUCAACAAGCCAUCCCCAUGUCUGUAAUACGGCGCCAAGAACCCACGGUAUACGCUCAAAUCGACAUGAAACGCAUUCCUCAAUGUCUGCAGCCUCUAAGUCCGCCUCAUCCUUCGUCUUUCCAAACUUUGCAUCAUCCGCAUCUUCCCGCUUACAUUCCGAGACCUCUUCGGGAAGAGCAACUAAUGCAUGAAAACGCCGUCAAUGCUGAAACGCCUUUGAUGAGUCCUCGAGACACUAGUCAGGCUUUACAACCGCUGCUGGAGGCCAAUAGCACAAGAACACCAACGAUGAGCUCUACGCAGCCACGGACAGUGACUGCGACUCGCUUUUGACCUAAUUAAUGAUUCGGCAGAACUGACAUAUUUAUAAAUCAAAAAGACAUAAUAAAGUUUGUUAUUACCUUAUGACUACGAACUCAAACGUGAGUGUUACUUUACUGUGAGUGUGUGAUGUGUGUUAAAAGUUUAUAAAUAAAAUGGAAAGAAGCUUAUGAAAACUAGAGGUUUUAAAUCUACGUUGGUUUUCUAUUGGAAGAAUAUUUUGAUAUUUUUAUAGUACUGAAUACUUAUAUUAGUACGUUAAUAAAGAAAUGUUGCUUUGUUAUUUUUAUUACGCAUUGUUUUUGGACCAUACUUUUAUUUAAUAAAAUAUAUAUGUCAUCAAAAAUUUGAUAAGUGUAAAAACUACUAACCGAAUGUUACGAAAACAUCUAAAUCCGAAUUUUUCAACAUUAUUCGCGUGUAAAUAAACUUUUAUAGCUGUGACAACAAAUCAAUUAAUUAAUAAAAUGUGUUAUUAAAUAUUUUAUUAGUGUAUAACUUUUUUAUAGAACUGUUAUUCCAAAUAUAACCUGUUUGUUGUCCUUAAGAAAUUAUUGAACGAUAUGGUACGUAUUGUUGUGAUUUCUUUAAAAGAAUGAAUAUCUUUUACGUUUUGUGAUAUUUUUUUUAGUUUAUUUUAAAUACUGCCAUAAUAAAUGUAACUAUUUUAGAUAUUAAGUAUCUGUUUGUAACCAGGAAAAUUGGAUAUACCGUCCAAUCGACUAACUGUGUAAAGAAAACUUCAACGAAGUUUUGCAUUUUGUACUACUUUUAAAAUAGCUUAGUAAAAGACAUUAAUGUAAACUUAUUUCAGUCCAGUACAGCUUUUUUGUACAUAUGUAUAUAAAUUGCUCAAUUUUGAUUGUUUAUUUUCCAUAAACAUCGUAAAAUGGCCAAAAUAUCCGUUAAAAAUAUGUGUUGUAAAUUAAUUACCUCAUCUGUAUUAAUAUAUUGACAAUAACAUAUAUGUUUAUUUUAAUAAUUUAAAAUUGUUUUUCGUUAAUGAGUAUACUGGAUAUGUAAAAAUGAAAUCAAAGUGGCCUUGUCGAACUUAAGUACAUUUAUUUAAACGGUUCAUGUAGUGUUACUAUAAAUU